AUGUAUUCUCGAGAAUGUGGAAAAUCGAAUUAUUACUAUGAAACCGUCGAAGUAAACGUAUCAAAAGUUGGUAAUUACAGUUUUGGUAGCUAUGGUAUUAACAAUACAUAUGGUUAUAUUUAUAAUAACAGUUUCAAUCCUUUUAAUCCAGCUGAGAAUUUACUAUCUGAAGACGGUUUUGGAUGUGAUAAUUAUAAAUUUCAUCUCAAAGUUUAUAUUCAACCUAAUAUAACAUACAUCUUAGUUGUAACAACGUUUUAUCCAAAUGUAAAAGGAAACUUUUUAGUACAUGUAACUGGUCCAGGCAGUGUGACUCUCAAUCGUAUUAUCAAAAAUUAUAGUACAUGUUCCGUUGGUGAUUGGUGUCAUUCUUAUACGAAAAGUAUUGGAUUCACACUUGAUGAUAUCUUACGUGAAGAAAUUCAACCGAAUAUACCUUUGCACAAGCAACCAUUGUUAGUGAAAAUAAGUACUGCUCUUACUACGAUUAUGUUUGUCGGCGGUUUAAUUAAUAGUCUUUUCUCUUUGUUAACAUUUCAAAAUAAAGAUUUACGAAAAAUCGGUUGUGGAAUGUACCUAUUCGCAUCAUCGUUUACUUCUCUUCUUACCAUCUCAAUGUUUACAAUCAAAUUUUGGUUUGUUGUUCUUACUGAAAUGAAGAUUUCUAUUAGUCUUUCUGUGUUUCAAGUAUGUUGUAUGUCUAUUGAAUCUCUUUUGAAAAUAUGUUCAUAUUUGGAUGCUUGGCUCAAUGCUUUUGUGGCUCUAGAUCGAACUGUUGCGGUUUCAAGAGGGGUGAAAUUUGAUAAAAAGAUGAGUAAACGCAUUGCCCGAAUUAUCAUUAUGAUAUUACCAAUUUUUAUCAUGAGUACGAUUAUUCAUGAACCUAUACAUCGUGAUCUGUUUAAAUAUCAUACGCAAAAAUACAAAUCAGAUGAAUUCAAUGUAUGGGUAAAUGAAUCGGAUGAAUACGAAAAUUGGAUAAAUAAAUCCAAUGAAGUUGAGAUAUCAACAAACGACUCAAGAACAUAUGUGAUAGAAACACACAUAUGGUGUGUGACUCGUUAUUCUAUUGCUGUUCAAACUUACAAUACUUUCAUUCUUUUCUUUCAUCUUAUCGUUCCGUUUGUUGCCAAUCUUUUUUCUGCACUCUACAUUAUCUUUGGAGUUGCACGACAACGAUCUUUAAUUCAACCUGAACAAUCUUAUAAAAAACAUAUUAUCGAACAGUUACAUAAACAUAGACAAUUAAUAAUCAGUCCUGUUAUUCUACUUAUUUUGACAUUACCACGUCUUGUUAUCUCAUUAUUAUCUGGAUGUAUGAAAACAUCUAGCAAACCAUGGUUAUAUCUCUUUGCUUAUUUUAUUUCAUUUACGCCUUCAAUGUUGGUCUUUGUCGUAUUUGUUAUUCCUUCGAAACUUUAUAGAAAAACAUUUAGACAGACGAUUACAAAACUUUGGCGACGAUAA